AUGGCUCCGAAAGUGGCCCACGCCACAGAAGACAUCCGGUCACCUAUCGAUUUGACUACGAUUGCUCCAUUUUGGAAACGCAAGAAUGGAGUUCUUCUCUAUUUCCUUCUCACAUCCUCGCUGUUUGCCAGUAUGGCGCUGGGCAUCGACGGCUCUAUGACCAACGCUCUUCAGACGCUCGAAAGCUGGCAAGAUCGUUUCGGCCAUCCCACCGGUUCUAAACUUGGUUUCUUUGGAGCUUCCAAUGCUAUUGGGGGAGUCAUUCCCUUUAUUUUCCUCAGCUGGAUCAGUGACGUCGCUGGCCGCCGCGUGCCAACAGCACUGGGAUCAGUGGUUAUCAUCGCAGGCGUCAUGGUCCAGCUCUUUGCUACAUCCCUCAACAUGUUUAUUGGCGGAAAGAUUGUUCUUGGAAUCGGCUCUUCGCUUAUCCAGAUGGGUGCUCCCGUUCUUGUAACAGAGCUAUCACAUCCCAAGGAGCGCGUACAGAUCACAACAUUGUACAACACCAAUAUUGUUCUUGGCUACGUUAUUGGUGCGUGGGCUACAUAUGGGUGUUUUCGCAUUCCCAAUCAGUGGUCAUGGAAGCUUCCUACUCUCGUGCAAGUUAUACCAUCAGCGUACCAGCUUAUUCUCAUCUUUUUCUGCCCCGAAUCACCGCGAUGGUUGAUUGCCAAGGGCAAAGUCGACCAAGCACGCGAGAUUCUCAUCAAGUACCAUGGAGAAGGUGAUGCGAAUAGUGAGCUGGUCAAGUUCGAGUGUGCAGAGAUUCAACAGUUUAUCGACAAGGAAGCUGAACAGAACAUGACAUGGAAGGAGUUCUUUUCCUCUAUUCCAAACAUCAAACGCCUUGCGCUUUGUUUUGCAACUGCGCUGUUCAGCCAGAGCUCCGGAAAUCUUCUCGUAUCCAACUACUUGACGCAGAUUCUGAAAGACACGGGUAUCAAGGCCGAGAAGGACAUCACACUGGUGAAUGGCAUGGUAACUAUCUGGCAGUACAUCGUUGCCAUCACCAUGACGCUCCUAGUUGACAGGUUCAAGCGUCGCACAUUCUUCCUUGUUGGAUCCGGCGGUGUUCUUGUGACAUUCAUCAUGUGGACUAUUGCCGCAAAGCAAUACCUCGAAGGAUCGUUAGCCGGUGGACGUGUUGUUUUGGCGUGCAUCUUUCUCUUCCAAGGGUUUUAUACCUUUGGAUGGACGAAUCUGGUCGUGACAUAUCCACUUGAGAUUGUCACCUACCAGAUGCGAGCAAAGACCUGGGCAUUUGUGCUCCUUACUAUUCAGGUGGCGUCCAUCUUCGGUGGGUAUGUCAAUCCCAUUGGACUGGAGGCUAUUGGAUGGAAGUUUUACAUUUACUACUGUGUCUGGGUCGCUAUCAUCUUCUUGGUUGUAUACUUCUUCUUUGUCGAGACUUCUGGGCCCACGCUUGAGGAACUGACAUAUCUGUUUGAGGGAAAGAGCACAAAGCAGGAAAUGACCAAGGAGAUUGAGAUAAAGAAGGAAGAGCAUGAUUUCGUUCAUGAGAAGGGCGUCUGA